ACUCAAGAAGAUGAAAAUGAGGAACCUGAAGAAUUAACCAUGACCUCUUAUAACACUAUUAAUUUACACAAAAAUCAUCUAGCCGAACACCAAGAAUCGAAGAUUGAACUUAGAUACCUUUUUACCCGCACUUUAGCACAACUGUCAUUUGUUUGUAUCCUUCAGCAAGAUGUUGAA